AUGGCUACAGGCGCAGAAUCAACGAGAAUACCCAAGACCUGGUUCAUCACAGGCCGCUCGAGCGGCUUCGGCGAGAUCCUCGUCAGGAAACUAUGCGCCGAGGGAGAGAACGUCAUCGCCACGGGCCGCCAGGCCGACGUCAAGCUCGCGCAUCUCAAGGACACGGGCGCGAAGGUCAUGGACAUGGACGUAUCGGCUUCUGAGGGCGUCAUCCGGGAGACGGUUGCGCAGGCCUGGGCGACGUUCCCCGGCGGCGUCGAUGUUGUGGUGAACAAUGCGGGAUACGUCCUUUCGGGGCUGGUUGAAGAGCUGACGCAGGAACAGAUGGAGGAGUGCUUCCGCACGAAUUUCCACGGGCCGCUGAACAUCGCGCGUGCUUUUCUCCCGUUCCUGAGGGAGACAGGGACGGGGACGCUGGUGUUUCUCAGCUCGCAGGCCGCAUGGCACGUUGACGUCUCUGCUGGGGCGUACUGCGCCAGCAAAUUUGCGUUAUCAGGGGAUAAACCCGAGCUAGCCGCCGUCGAGACACUCGCGCAAGAGCUCGCGAUCCUGGCGCCGGGCUUGAAGGUCCUCAUGGUCGAGCCGGGAUACUUCCGCACGAGGGUGUUUGUCAAGCUCGCGCACAUCCCGCUGCGGAUCCCAGAGUUUGCGGGUUUCAACGCGGCCUGUGUGAAGCAGGGAGCCAAGAUUUACGGGACGGAGCCCGGGGAUCCGGAGAAGGCUGUUGAGCGGAUGGUGGAGCUUGUCCGGGGUGAGGGGAUGGCCGCAGGGCGGAAGGUGCCGCUGAGGGUUCCGUUGGGUACUGAUGGGUGGGGGAGGAUCAAGAAGAAGUGUGAGGAUAUGGUCAAGGUUUGUGAGGAUUGGGAGGAUGUCGCAAAGAGCACGGAUUGGUAG